AUGUGUUGCUGUUCACUUUGCACUUUCAGUUGCUCCUCCUCAAAUAUCUUGAGACUUAAGUACGAACUCUUUGUUUCAGUCAAUGAUAAAGUAGUAGUAGCAGUAGUAGUGGUGUUACUGAUAGUAAUAGUGGUAGUAGUAGUAGUAAUAGUAAAAGUAGUAGUAGUACCAGCAGUGUUAUUGGUAGUAGUAGCAGUGUUAUUAGUAGUACCAGUAGUAGUAGUAGUAGUAGUAGUAGUAGUAGUAGUAGUAGUAGUAGUAGUAGUAGUAGUAGUAGUAGUAGUAGUAGUAGUAGUAGUAGUAGUAGUAGUAGUAGUAGUAGUAGUAGUAGUAGUAGUAGUAGUAGUAGUAGUAGUAGUAGUAGUAGUAGUAGUAGUAGUAGUAGUAGUAGUAGUAGUAGUGGAACAUGUUAGGGCAGUACUAGUUCGAGGGGGAUUGCACGUGUUCAGUCUGCAAAAGCGCAAUAGGAGGAGAAAUUGCGGGAGCCGAGACUUAUUAGGUGUGUCAGCAGGCAUCACCGUUAGCACUGAUCAGACCACAAGUAUUAGUAGUAGUAACAAAAUUCGGUCUUAA